CGGACCCAUAGAAUACCAAAUGGAUGACAAUUCAUGUCACAAGUCCUCUCCAAUACAACUUGCUUGCUUUGGUCGCCGGCGCUAGCAAAUUUGCAAUGGAGGCAGGAAGAGAUCACGGAGGCCGCUUGCACGUAGCCAUGCUAUCAAGCUCUGGCAUCGGCCACCUAACGCCGCUUGCUGAGCUGGCGCGCCGCCUUGCCCUCCGCCACGGCGUCUCGGUCACUCUCAUGGUCUCCGCCGCCGACUCGUCUUCCCCUUUCUACAGCACCUUGGUCGACUCCCUCCCUCCUGGCGUCUCCGCUGUUGCCCUCCCUGAAUCGGCCCUCUCCGGCCCCGCAUCCGCUGUAUCCAUGACCAUCAACGUCUCUCUCCCUGCGGUACGCCGCGUCCUUGAGGGGCUAAACCAGAGCAUAACCGGCGAACGGCUCGCGGCCCUCAUCGUGGACUUCUUCGGCACCGACGUUUUUGAAGUCGAGGCGGAUGUCGGCGUGCCGUCUUUCCUCUUCUUCCCCUCCAACUUAUUCCUCUUGUCCUUGUCUCUCCACCUGCCCGUCAUGCACGACGCCAUGCCGCAGCUCCGCGACCCGGUGGAAUUACCCGGUUGCCUCCCUCUGUUUUUCAACGACCUCCCUGAAGUGGUCAGGAGCCGAGGCACUGAAGGCUACGAAAUCCUGCUGCGCCAUGUAAGGCGGUACGAGAAGGCAGAGGGCAUUCUGGUGAACAGCUUUCGAGCUAUGGAAGCAGAGGCGGCCACGAUCUUCAGCGAGAGAAACCCGGGCUGGCCACCGGUCUACCUCGUCGGGCCGCUCGUUCCGGAGGAGCCGCCGAGAGACACGUCAUCUCCAUCGCUGUGCUUGGAGUGGUUGGACGAGCAACCAAAUGGAUCGGUUUUGUACAUUUGCCUGGGAAGCCUCGGAGUUCUCAGCGACGAGCAGGUAAAGGAGAUGGCCUUCGGAUUGGAGGAGAGCGGCCAGAGUUUCCUUUGGGUGUUAGGGGGACUGGUGACGGAGGACGAGGACCCUGUCGGUUGCUUGCCGCCGGGAUUUCUGGAGAGGACGAAGGGGGCCGGGCGGGUGCUGACGUCGUGGGCGCCGCAGCUGCGGAUCCUGAGACACCGCGCAGUGGGUGGAUUCCUGACUCACUGCGGGUGGAAUUCAGUGCAGGAGUGCGUGGUGCAGGGCCGCGUGCCGAUGAUCGCGUGGCCGCUCUACGCCGAACAGAGCAUGAAUGCGUUGAUUCUGGUGGAGAGGCUCGGGGUGGCGAUCAGGACGGAGGGGCAAGGGGAGGAUGGGGUAGUCCGGCGAGAGGCGAUAUCGGCGGCGGUGGUGGAGUUGAUGAAGGGGGAAAGAGGACGGGCUGCGCGGGAGAGGGUACGGGCGUUGCACGCGGCGGCGGAGGAAGGCGCUUCGUCGGAGGUACUCGCUGACGUAGUGGCGGCAUGGAAGUCAAAAUUAAAUUAGAUUUGACCAACAAAAAUCUAAUUAUAUUUCUAGUUGUUUGAAUUGGGGAAUAGAUGCCUUGUUUCGAAUAAUGAAUAAAUUAUAAUACAUGCAUUUGUGACGUUUGCACUA